AUGCUUGAAGAGUUUAGAGAUGACAUGAUGAAGCACUAUGAGAUGACAGAUUUGGGAUUGUUACACCACUUUCUUGGAAUGGGAGUGUUACAAACUGAGAAGAGUAUUUUCAUACACCAAAAGAAGUAUGCACAGAAGUUGAUUGAGAGGUUUGGUUUAAAAGACUGCAAAGCAGUAGCUACUCCACUUGCAAUGAAUGAAAGAUUGAGCAAGAUUGAUGGAAGUGAAGCUGCAAAUGAAAGAGAAUAUAGGCAGAUUGUGGGAAGCUUGCUCUAUUUGACUGCAACUAGACCUGAUGUGAUGUUUGCAGCAAGUCUAUUGGCAAGAUUCAUGCAUAAUCCUACCAAGAAACACAUGGGGACAAGAAAGAGGGUGUUGAGAUACAUUCAGGGAACAAUUGACUUUGGAAUUGUUUUUGAAAAGGGGAAGACAACUACUCUAAUUGGUUACUGUGAUAAUGACUGGGCAGGAAGUGAUGAUGAUAUGAGGAGCACUUCAGGGUUUGCAUUUACACUAGGAUCCGGUGUAUUCUCAUGGGCAUCGAUCAAACAAAGCAUAAUGGCAUUGUCCAUAGCAGAAGCAUAA